UUUUCUUCUGAAAAAGCAAACGCAAAAGAAAUCCACAGACCACCGCUAACCACCCACAUAUCCCGGAGACCUGUCUGAAAACCGAAAACUGAAAACUAAACCAAAAUCACUUCCUGCCUCCCUUUCUCCGUCUCUGUCUCUCCACGUCUGUGUUCCACUCGUCUCAGGUCAAGUCUUUGACCUCCACCAACCACCGCCGUCCACCACCUCCUCCAUGGCAGCAGACCAGACCCUCUCCGCUCCUCUUCUCGACAACGUGCCCCACACCGUCAUCACUGUCCAUGAAAACCCACCCUCCCAGGCUCAACCGCCAUUCGACAAUCAUAAUCAAGAUUCGAGCUUUGAUGAAGAGAACCCAUAUGGGUUUCUUGGGGCUCACGGAUUUGAGGUGCCUGGGCCCACGACGGUGGACCCUUUCAAAAACUACACUCUUGGUAUUGAUGGGUUGUAUGAAUGGGUGAAGAUUGUGGUGUGCUUGCCCAUAGCUGCGUUGAGGCUGGUGCUGUUUGGGCUGUGUUUGACGGUGGGGUACGUGGCCACUGUCUGCGCUCUUCGGGGCUGGGAAGAUAAGCAAAAUCCAAUGCCUAAAUGGAGGUGUCGGCUCAUGUGGGUCACCCGACUCUGUUCCCGUUGCAUCCUCUUUUCUUUUGGUUACCAUUGGAUCAGACGAAAAGGGAGACCUGCUCCGAGAGAGAUUGCUCCUAUAGUUGUAUCUAAUCAUGUAUCAUAUAUUGAACCUAUCUUCUUCUUCUACGAGCUAUUUCCUACCAUUGUUGCGUCCGAGUCCCAUGACUCCAUGCCUUUUGUUGGUACCAUCAUUAGAGCAAUGCAGGUUAUAUAUGUGAAUAGAUUUUCACACUCAUCAAGGAAGCAUGCUGUAAAUGAAAUAAAGAGAAAGGCUUCUUGCGAUCAAUUUCCUCGACUGCUUUUAUUUCCCGAGGGAACGACAACAAAUGGAAGAGCUAUAAUUUCUUUCCAACUUGGUGCUUUUAUCCCUGGUUAUCCUAUACAGCCAGUGAUUGUCCACUAUCCCCAUGUGCAUUUUGACCAAUCAUGGGGAAAUAUUUCAUUGGCAAAGCUAAUGUUUAGGAUGUUCACACAGUUCCACAAUUUCAUGGAGGUUGAAUAUCUUCCUGUUGUGUCAGCACUGGAAAAUGUGAAGGAAAAUGCUGUCCAACUUGCUCAGAGGACUAGCCAUGCUAUCGCAACUGCUCUCAAUGUUGUUCAAACAUCACACUCUUAUGGAGAUUUGAUGCUUAUGACUAAGGCAUCUGAAUUCAAGCAGGACAAGCCCUCUCUCUAUAUGGUUGAAAUGGCUUGGAUUGAAUCAUCGUUCCGUUUGAGCACUUUGGAAGCUGUUGACCUUCUGGACAAAUUUCUUUCAAUGAACCCUGAUUCCAGUGGACAUGUCACAUUUCAUGACUUCCUCAGGAUUCUCAGACUAAAACCUUGUGCUCUUUCUGAAAAGAUAUUUCAAUUCAUUGAUGUGCAGAAGACUGGUAAAAUAACAUUUAAACAGUUCUUGCUCGGAUCAGCUCACAUUCUGAAGCAGCCUUUAUUUCGACAUUUCUGUGAAUUGGCAUUUGUAAGAUGUAAUGUCGAGGGAACAGAGUAUAUAUCGGAGCAAGAGCUUGGAGAUGCGCUUGCAUUGGUAAUGCCUAACUUAGAUGUUGAUGGGAUCCAUGGGCUUUUCACCUUAUUUGAUACUGAUGGCGAUGGGAGAAUCAGCAAGGAUGACUUUGUAACAUGUUUAAGGCAGAACCCAUUGCUUAUAGCGCUCGUUUUACCCCAGUUAUUGCGUAGAGAACUGCCAGCAGCUGAAGCACAGGAUGGCAUGCAUGAUGGAUAAAUUUUGAGAUGCCUGAAUGUUCAGAUGCAGUUUUGCUUGUGAUCAUCCUACUUCAAUGCAGUUUUGCUUCUGAACAUCCUACUUGGUUUGAAGAGAGAGGGAAGUGGGAUUGAAGACAGUUUAGAAUAUUGUAAUUGCACUUUGCUCUGCAAAUGUUUUCGUGCAGUAUUCAAAAUUUUGCCCACGAUGUUGAAAUCAGAUGACAGCGCCUGAAUUUGCUGUGCAUUUUCAUAUUGAGUGCAUAAAUUUUUUGGCCCUCGAUAGGAGAUGAAUGGACAUGAGUAUAGUUUGUUCCUGGAAAUGUGAUUGUUUGUUGACCCCCCUC